GCGCGCGGGGCGCCAUGGAGCCUGGGCUCGGAGCGGGAGCGGGAGCGGGAGCUCUGCCGGGCACGGAGAAGGCGGCUGGUGCAGCUCACGGGAAGGGCCGGGUUAAUUUCCCAUUUCCUUACACUCCUUACUCCAUCCAAGAGGAUUUCAUGGCCAACCUGUAUGAUGUUCUGGAGGCUGGCAAAGUCGGGAUCUUUGAGAGUCCUACAGGGACGGGAAAAUCCUUGAGUCUUAUCUGUGGAGCACUCUCUUGGCUCAGAGAUUUUGAAGAAAAAAAGAAGCAGGAGGAGGCCCGCCUCCUUGCAGAUGAACAUAGUGGACAAGACAAGCAGCAACAGCCUACAUCAUGCAGCGCGGAGGCCUCGAACUGCCAGGGCUCAGCAGGGGAGCUAGAUUGGAUCACUGAGUUUAUGCAGAAAAAAGAAGAGCAGGCCAUGGUGGACAGACUAAAGGAAGAACAAAUCAGGAGGAAGAAGCGAGAGGAUCGUCUUGAGAAAAUUCGCCAUAACGUGCAACUCAAAUAUGCAUCAAAAAGAAAGAGGCUUGAAGAUGAUGAGACACAGCGGCUGCUCCAGCUCAGUAAGGAGAUCUUGUCAACGGAGUUAGGGUCAGAUGUUCUAGAGCAGCUGGAUCACGAGGAGGAGGAGCUGAUCCUCGCCGAGUAUGAGAGUGAUGAGGAGAAGAAAGUGGAAUUGGGGUUGGAGGAUGAUGAUGAUGAUUUGGAGGAGGAGCAUGUGACCAAGAUUUACUACUGCAGCCGCACACACUCCCAACUGGCUCAGUUUGUGCAUGAAGUUCAGAAGAGCCCUUUUGGUGAGGAGAUACGGCUGGUGUCACUGGGGUCUAGGCAGAACCUCUGUGUGAACGAGGAGGUGCGCCAUCUGGGGGCUGUCCAGCUGAUCAAUGACCGCUGUGUGGAAAUGCAGAAGAACAAACAUGUUCCUUUCUGCCUCCUGCACUCAGGGAAGAAGAGUGAGGGAGAGGAAUCAGAGGGAAAGAAAAGGCGUGUGAGCCGGGCUGUGUGUCCAUUUUACUCCUAUGAGCAAAUGCAGUUUCUCCGGGACGAGGUUCUAGUCAAGGUGAAAGAUAUUGAGCAGCUGGUGGCCUUGGGCAAGGAGACUAAAGCCUGUCCAUAUUAUGGGAGUCGCUAUGCCAUUCCUGCUGCCCAGUUGGUGGUGUUGCCUUAUCAGAUGCUCCUGCAUGAAUCUACCAGAUGUGCUUCUGGGAUCAAACUGAAGGAUCAGGUGGUGAUUAUUGAUGAGGCCCACAAUCUGAUAGACACUAUAACCUGCAUCUACAGCACUGAAGUCCGUGGCUCUCAGCUGUGCUGUGCCCACUCCCAGCUGCUGCAGUACAUGGAACGAUACAGGAAACGUCUGAAGGCAAAAAACCUGAUGUACAUUAAACAGAUUCUGUAUUUGCUGGAGAGGUUUGUGUCCAUACUAGGAGGAAACGUGAAUCAAAAUCCAAAUGCUCAGAGCAUUUCUCAAGCAGGGACAGAACUAAAAUCCAUCAAUGACUUCCUGUUUCAGAGUCAGAUUGACAAUAUCAACCUCUUCAAGGUUCAACGGUACUGUGAGAAAAGUCUGAUCAGCAGGAAGCUUUUUGGGUUUGUGGAGAGAUAUGGAGCCACCAGUGUUGUAAAGACUAACAAGGAAAAGCAGAAGAUGGCUGGACUGCAGAACUUCCUUCUCACCUUGCAUCAGGGGCCAGACAAAGCUGCUAUUCAGUGCCAUCCUGUGGAGGUUGAGGAUGGCCAGCCCAAGAUGGCAUCUCCUCUGAUGCAGAUUGAAGGAUUUCUCUCUGCUCUCACCAGUGCAAACCAAGAUGGGAGAGUCAUCCUCAACCGGCAAGGCACUAUAGCUCAGAGCAGCCUCAAAUUCCUCUUGCUGAAUCCAGCUGUCCAUUUUGCGAAGGUGCUGAAGGAAUGUCGUGCUGCGAUCAUUGCAGGGGGCACCAUGCAGCCGGUGUCUGAUUUCCGAGAGCAGUUGCUGUCGUGUGCCAUCGGUGCUGACAGGGUGGUGGAGUUCUCCUGUGGCCAUGUGAUUCCGCCAGACAACAUUUUACCCAUAAUCCUCUGCAGUGGUCCAUCGAACCAGCAGCUAGAGUUCACCUAUCAGAAGAGAGACCUGCCUCAGAUGAUGGAUGAGAUGGGCCGAAUCCUGGGUAACCUGUGCAAUGUGGUCCCUGGGGGCGUGGUGUGCUUCUUUCCCUCCUAUGAGUACGAGAAGCAGGUGUACACGCACUGGGAGGGGACGGGGCUGCUCACCCGCUUGGUGACUAAGAAGAAGAUAUUUCAGGAACCCAAGAAAGCAAACCAGGUGGAGCAGGUGCUGGCAGAGUACACCAAGUGCAUAAAGCGCUGCAGCCAGGUGGGCGGCCAUGUGACAGGGGCCCUGCUCUUUUCUGUGGUUGGAGGGAAAAUGAGUGAAGGAAUCAAUUUCUCUGAUGACCUGGGAAGGUGUGUCGUCAUGGUGGGCAUGCCUUACCCCAACAUCAAGUCCCCAGAACUCCAGGAGAAAAUGGCCUAUCUUGACAAAACAAUGCCAAGAACUGCGGGCCAGCCACCUAGCAAAAUGCUGAUUGAAAAUCUAUGCAUGAAAGCAGUAAACCAGUCAAUAGGGCGAGCGAUUCGCCAUCAGAAGGACUUUGCUAGCAUCCUGCUGGUAGAUCACAGGUAUGCACGCCCCUCGGUCUUCAACAAAUUACCCCAGUGGAUCAAGGAAAGAACAGAGAUCAAACCUACCUUUGGACUAGCAUUUGCAGCGUUAAGGAAGUUUCACCAUGAGAAGAAGUCAUGUUAUAGGUCAGAAGCUUCCUGAGGGAGAUGGAAGAGCAUUGUGCUGAUGAAUGGGUACAGGGGUACUGAGUGGCUGUAUCAGCUCAAAAUGGAGCCUCCUGCAAUUGCUGUCCCUGCAACAGAAGCUGAAAAUUAUUGACCAAUGUGG